CCAAGUAGCUGCACAGGACCCCGAGCUGAUGGAGCUGUUUGGAGAUGCCAUGCUGGACCCGCAGCAGAUGCAGGAGAAGAUGGAGGAGCGGAUCCGCUCAAAGCAGGCAGAGCUGCUGGCGGAGAAGCGAGGCAGUGGGGCCACCAUGCAGGUGGCCAUUAAAGAGAUCGACCCAUUUGACAUGUAUAUCUGGUUCGAGCUUCACAAGACACCUUCAGAAGACGAUAUGAAUACACUCGGCAGUGUCAUCAGAGCAUGGUACGUGGUGGGCAAGCUGGGAGGCUACAACUCCGCCAACCUACAGGUACCAUUCUAUACCACUCUGGGGAAUUUUGAACAGGAGCCUGGCAGGACCCAGGUCAUCCGAGCAUGGUACGCGGUGGGCAAGCUAGGAGGGUACGACUCCGCCAACCUGCAGUUACCACUCUAUACCACUCUGGGAAACCUUGAACAGGAGCCUGGCAGGAUACGAGGUCAUCAGAGCAUGGUUCGUGGUGGGCAAGCUGGGAGGCUACAACUCCGCCAACCUGCAGGUACGCCUCUUCGGUCUAGGUGGGUGGGCUGGGCUCUCCUGUUUCCUCCCUGCGGCCUGCCGAGUGGCAUGUGGUGGGCACUGGGCAAGCUGGGAGGUAGGAGGCUAGGGGCAGGUCACCCUCUGCUCUGGUACAAGGUGGGCAAGCUGGGAGGUAGGAGGCUAGGGGCAGGUCACCCUCUGCUCUGGCAUCAUUCCCCCCUCCCCAUCCGCUUUCCUGUAAUUGGAGGGAGACAAAUCAUCGAAGUUCAAGUGCGCUGUGGGCAGGGCACAGCAGCGUCUGCCCUGCCUGCUGCUGCUGCUGCUGCUGCUGCUGGCCGUCUCAUGGAGGGAGACGAGUCGUCCAAGUACAAGUACGAUGUGGGCACGGCAGCAUCUGCUCUACCAGCUACUCUUGUGCGCCCACAUCCCUCCAUUUUCCCUGCCAUGCCCCCUCCUCAUCCCACCCCAGCUCAUGGAGGGAGACGAGUCCUAAUGCAGGGAGACGAGUCGUCCAAGUACAAGUACGAUGUGGGCACGGCAGCAUCUGCCCUGCUUUCCCUGCUGCUCUUAUCUAAUGCAGGGAGACGAGUCCUAAUGCAGGGAGACGAGUCGUCCAAGUACAAGUACGAUGUGGGCACGGCAGCAUCCGCCCUGCUUUCCCUGCUGCUCUUAUGUACCCACAUGCCCCUCUUUCCUGCCAUCCCCCCUCUUUGA